AUGGCUCCCUUAGCCGAGGUCGGGGGCUUCCUGGGCGGCCUGGAGGGCUUGAGCCAGCAGGUGGGCUCGCACUUCCUGCUGCCUCCUGCCGGGGAGCGGCCGCCUCUGCUGGGCGAGCGCCGGGGCGCGGCGGAGCUGGGCGCCCGCGGCGGGCCCGGGGCUGCGGAGCUGGCGCACCUGCACGGCAUCCUGCGCCGCCGGCAGCUCUACUGCCGCACCGGCUUCCACCUGCAGAUCCUGCCCGACGGCAGCGUGCAGGGCACCAGGCAGGACCACAGCCUCUUCGGUAUCCUGGAAUUCAUCAGUGUGGCAGUGGGACUGGUCAGUAUUAGAGGUGUGGACAGUGGUCUUUACCUUGGAAUGAAUGACAAAGGAGAACUCUAUGGAUCAGAAAAACUGACUUCUGAAUGCAUCUUUAGGGAGCAAUUUGAAGAGAACUGGUAUAAUACCUAUUCAUCCAACAUAUAUAAACAUGGAGACACUGGCCGUAGGUAUUUUGUGGCACUUAACAAAGAUGGAACUCCAAGAGAUGGUGCCAGAUCCAAAAGACAUCAGAAAUUUACACAUUUCCUGCCUAGACCAGUGGAUCCAGAAAGAGUUCCUGAACUGUACAAGGACCUACUAAUGUACAGUUGA